AUGAUUAUCACACCCCCUUAUUUGGAGCAGAUCACCAAAGUGAUCGAGCUUCACGAACAGAUGCACCAACGUUGCGGAGUCGUGAUUGUCGGUCCCUCUGGUUGUGGCAAAUCCACUCUACUACGCCUUCUGCGCGGCGGCCUUACUCGACUGGGUCAGGGUCCCACCGUCGUGUUCGCCUUCAACCCAAAGUCAAUGCCUCGGACGCACUUGCUUGGGCGUGUCGAUGUAGACACGCGAGAGUGGACCGACGGUGUGUUGACGCAUGCGGCGAGAAGUCUGGCUCGACUGGGACCAGGCAAGUGGGAAUGA